AUGGCCUCUCGAUUGGCGGAUUUUGAAGCCGAAGAGUUGAACUUUAACUUGGUGAUGGGAACUAAAGUCAAGGAAUUGCAAGGCAUUGUACAGGAGGUUGAGCCAAACAAACAAACAUUGAUUGAAGAAUAUGACAGAGAGAUGAAAUCCAACGAGCAGAAACUUGGUUCGAUUCAGAAAUUAGUGCUGGAGUACUCGAAUGCAUUUGAAUCGAAAAUAAAAGAUUUUAAUUUGCUUGAGAGUGGGUCUGCGAUGUGGGGAGGGGCGCUGGGAGAGGGAGAACACAGAGGAUGGCUGCAGGUUUUUUAG